AUGACAACCCUGUUCAACUCCUCCCAGGAGAUAGUGUUUAUGCUGCAUGGACUGAAUGUGACACAGAGAAACAGACACAUCUACUUCGUAUUUCUUCUUAUCACAUAUCUCUUCACCAUUUUUAUUAAUCUAACAUUGAUCCUCACAAUAUUUCUGGAAAAUAUGUUGCAAACCCCAAUGUAUUUAUUCCUCUGUAAUCUGUGUAUUAAUGGUAUCAUUGGUGCUUCAUCUUUCUACCCAAAGAUACUUUAUGACAUUUCAUUUGACUCUCAUGUGAUAACAUACAGUGGGUGCUUUACCCAGAUAUAUGUAAUCUACUUCUAUGUUUUCUGUGAAUUUACCAACUUAACAGUGAUGGCUUAUGACCGAUAUGUUGCCAUCUGUAAGCCACUCCACUACCACUUUUUUAUGACUAUUAGAAAAGUGUGGACACUGAUUCUUCUAACAUGGCUUUUCUCAUUGAUGGAAGUUACUAUUGGAAUAGUGCUAACAGCUAGGUUACCCCUCUGUGGUGUUGACAUUGAUAAACUCUACUGCUCAAACUGGGCUGUGGUGAAGCUGUCUUGCAUUGACAUCACUCUGAACAACCUCUACGGUUUCAUUUUCACAUCAACUCAAGUCUCACAAACAAUACUUAUCCUGGUAUCAUAUGUGAACAUCAUCAAAGCAUCUUUGCGUUCUCAGGCAGGAAGGAAGAAGUUCAUGCAAACCUGUGUACCUCAUCUGAUCACACUGAUUAACUUCACCAUAUCUCUUGUCUUUGAUGUGAUGUUCGCUCGAUAUGGCAGCAACACCAGUCUGUUGGCCCUGAGGAAUAUCAUGGCUGUAGAGUUUCUGGUUGUUCCUCCUCUGAUAAACCCUAUCAUAUAUGGGAUGAACCUCAGUCAGAUUCGGAAUAGAGUAAGAAAGAUGUUCAAUUGUAAAGUUUCUGCUGUAAGCUAA